CUGGUAAUCGUCUUGAGUUGUCGUCUUUCCCUUGCUGAUCUCUCUUUGUCGCGCAGACCAAGGCGAGACAGCUGGGUAUCUCGCACAAGCAUCUCCUCAGCAGAGCCCGGAGUGGCAGCCAGUCUUCAGUGGAUCACAGACACAGCAAAUCCCAUCCAUCCAGCAGCAGGACAUGCUGAGCAACGAAACGAAUAUGACAGACUCAUCUGCUCCUGCUAGCCUUUCAGCGCCGCGUUCUACCCUGGAAUACAAGCUGCGCUUGACCUCAUCGACCCCGAACCGCGCGGGCUGCAGGAAUUUAUCGCAGAGGUCCAAUCAUUUAGGAGGGAGGCUGAGACGAGGGAAAGGCUGGCGAGAGAUGAAGAGGACCCGCCAGUGGUACUUCGGGUGUACAACGGCAUGGACGCCAACGUACACUACGAGGCAAGCCCUUGAUAGGCCCGACGUCCCGGCUCCAACUUCGGGAUACAAUGUUGCGACGGCCUUUCCCGUGUUGCCAGCAAGCGCAACACGCGAGAUCGUGAACAUUCCCGAAGGCUGGAUUGACGACGAUAUCGUCGAGACGUCGACAACGCUCGACGAGCAAGAGGUUUCGUCCGAUGUGUCUUCGGCAUCGAGCGCCCAGACCUCGGAGAUGUGGAGGGUGCUCGAGCAGGAGCAGGAAGAGGCGUUCCACGCCAGCCUGCGACAGCUGACUGCGUGCAACGCGUUGAGCGAGUUGCGACGCGAGACCCUCGCUGAGCACGCGUCCUCUGAGGGCGAGCUGGUGUCCCCGUACUGAAGCCCAAUCGACAGAUACGUAUGGGGCCUUGAACGGGCGCAUGUCCAGUUCAAUGAGGCAAUGCUAGACAAUGCAGGCCGAAGGCGGGAAGUAGGGCGGCGCGGGUGAAACCGGAUGGGGAUAAUCGGGAUAUGGGUACCAGUCUGUGAAGUUGGAAUGUAAACACUGCUUAGC